AUGAUCAGCUUCCACCCUGGCCAAACGUGGUCGUCGGCCCCCAACCAGGCCUACGCCAACCUGGGCACGCCGUCUUUUAGCUCGGCGGCUGCAUCAUCUUCGUCGGAUCCUACCUCGCACACGUCGCAGCCGAUUGUGACGGGUACUUCGGUGCUCGGGCUCAAGUACAAGGACGGCAUCAUGCUUGCUACCGACACGCUCGCCUCGUACGGCUCGCUGGCGCGAUUCAUGGACAUCACGCGCAUCUCGCAGUUUGGACAGAACACGCUCAUCGGUGCGAGCGGCGACAUGAGCGACUGGCAAUACGUGCAGCACAUGCUGGGAAAGCUCAUCACAUCGGAAGAAGUCACUGCCGACGGACACACGCUGACACCCGCGCAGAUCUACGCCUAUCUCGCGCGCGUCAUGUACAAGAGGAGAAGCGACAUCAACCCGCUCUGGAACUCGUUUGUGCUCGGCGGCGUGGAUCCCAAGGACGGCACACCAUUCCUGGGCUACGUCGACCUGCUCGGCACCACGUUCACCAGCAGCACCAUCGCCACGGGCUUCGGUCUGCACCUGGCUCAGCCUCUGCUGCGCAAGAUGGUCGAGGGCCGCGAGGACACGCUGACCGAGGAGGAGGCCAAGGACAUCCUCGAAAACUGCAUGAAGGUGCUCUUCUACCGCGACGCAAGAUCGCUCAACAGGUUCCGUGUCGCCAAGGUGACCAAGGAAGGAUGCCACAUCUCGGAGCCGUACAGUGUGCCAACCUCGUGGGGCUUCGCCGAGAUGCUGCGCGGAUACGGACCCCAGACGCAGUAA